CAGUCUGCCCGAGAGCUCGGGCGGUGCUGGGCGCGGGGACACGAGGGUCCCUGAGACAGAGGCCGCUGGGGCGCGCAGAAGGCCUGGAACUCGGCGCGGGUCCCCUGGAGACUUUGCUGCUGCUAGGCCCGGCGCGAGCCCGGAGAGUGCACCCAGCGCGCCUCGGCGCCCGUCGGCCGCUCGGCGCCCACGGCGCGCGAAGCCUCGGACCAUGCCGGUGUCAGACCAGGCAUUUGUCACGCUGGCCACCAAUGACGUCUACUGCCAGGGGGCUCUGGUCCUGGGGCAGUCCCUGAGGAACCAGAGGGCAACCCGGAAGCUGGUGGUGUUGGUCACUCCUCAGGUGUCUAGAAUGCUCAGGCUGAUCCUCUCGAAGGUGUUCGACGAGGUCGUCGAGGUGGACUUGAUCGACAGCGCGGAUUACGUCCACCUGGCCUUCCUGAAGAGGCCUGAGCUCGGAGUCUCCCUGACCAAGCUUCACUGCUGGACGCUGACGCACUACAGCAAGUGUGUGUUUCUGGACGCAGAUACGCUGGUGCUGUCCAACGUGGAUGAGCUGUUUGAGAGGGGCGAGUUCUCGGCGGCCCCGGACCCCGGCUGGCCGGACUGCUUCAACAGCGGGGUCUUCGUCUUCCAGCCGUCCCUGCAGACGCACGGCCUGCUGCUGCGGCACGCCACCGAGCACGGCAGCUUCGACGGCGCCGACCAAGGCCUGCUGAACAGCUUCUUCAGCAGCUGGCCGACGGCGGACAUCCGCAAGCACUUGCCGUUCAUCUAUAACUUGAGCAGCAACACGGCGUACACCUACGGCCCCGCGUUCAAACAAUUCGGCGCCGGCGCCAAGGUGGUGCACUUCCUGGGGUCCGCCAAGCCUUGGAACUACAAGUACGACCCGCAGACCGGCUCCGUGUCGCAGGACGGGGCGCGGCGGGCCCACCCGCACCAGCUGACCUUUCUGAACCUCUGGUGGCGCAUCUUCCACCACAGCAUCCUGCCUCUCUACGGCAGCGUGCGGGACGCGGAGGGACACGCUGCGGACACACACGCAGCUUGCGUGAGGGGCGCUGCGGGGCCGCGUGCGACCUCGGGACCUCGCGCCGAAGGGCCCUGUGCAGGUUCGGUGGCGGGGGCCGGCCCGCCGUGGCCCCCGGAAGACGCUUCGGAGCCGACCGUGGGAGCGAGCGAGACGCCACCGUCCCCUGAAACAGUGCGUGCGGAAGACAUGACAGGUUGCCCUGACAUGGAGAGCCCCACGGGAAUGAUGCAUGAGCCAGUCUCCCCGCCUGGCCCCCCGCCGGCAGACGUCACACAGACCCCCGGCACCUCGCAACUGCCGGAUCAAACUGGAGGUGGCCCCGCGGAUGCAUCUGUAGAACUAAGCCCGGAGCCCCCUGUGCUGUUCCCCAGGGAUCCCAGCCCUCAGGAGGCGUUGGAGGUCGGCUUGGCCAUCUCCAUUUCCGAGAUCUCCAUCGAAGAGAAGGUCCGGGCACUGAGCCCCGAGGAAGAGAGGCGGAAGUGGGAAGAGGGCCACAUCGACUACAUGGGCAAGGAUGCCUUCGCCCGCAUCCAGGAGAAGCUGGACCGCUUUCUGCAGUAGCCAGGCCGUGGAACGCGCUGCUGCGUGGAUGCCUCUCCUGGGCCUUCCGCGGGGAAAGCCUGUCCAACCACGUGCCUCUAUUUGUGCUGAUUCAGGGUCAACCAACGUGUGUGCCUCACCAAGAUCACGGAGGGCUGCAAAAGCCCAGCGUGCAGCCCGUGGCGGAUCCAAGCUGCCCGCCCCUACCUGGCUCCCUUGGGAUCGUCUGUGGUUCUCACCUUGUCAGCAGAACCAGCAGAUGGAAACGUCCGGUGGGCUCUGGACCGUGGCCUUGCCCAACGGAGCUGUGGCAGGUGCUACUGUGUUUAUCUGACAUAAGACUCAGUGUCAACACAGGUCUUCUUCAGCCCCUAAGCAGAUCACAGCAGUGAUACGUAUUCAGUACCUCGGGAACCCUCAACGACGGACGUCUUCUCUAUGAGGACGCAAGAAACGGUCAAACGUCUUGAGCAUGAGUUUAGACUUUGCAAAGCGUAUUGGACAAACACAGCAGCUGCCGUUCCUGUUCUGUGAAACCCUGCCAUCAGCAGACUCCUGAUGUGGGCAACAGCAGAGAUAUCUGGCACCGGUUUGAGAUACGUAACCUUUUCUGAACGGGUCUACUGACUGGUUUAGAAGAACCAAGGCUUUACCCCACGGGAUGUCCGUGGAGGACCCACUCAUGGUCACGGGCUCUGGAGAGGCCAGGAGGAGGCAGAUGCGUGUGCCGCCCACGUCACUCAUGGCUCCUUGCUGCGUCUUGCUACCUCAGUUCCAAAGAACAUUUCGACUCACGGUUCUGCAAGCCAUUUCAGCUCGGCUGUUUGGGGAGAAUUCUCACUGUUUUGAGCCUGGACCCUUAAUUUCAUGAGGAAACCUCAUCUUCAGAAGUAUCCACAUUCUGUGAACUCAGGCACUGUGUUUGAACACCUCCCGGUGUUACUAUUCCACACCCACUGCAAUUGUUGUCAUUAAAAACGGACAUUGCUGUGCAAAACAGCAGGAAAUGCGAUUUUUAAAAUGUGUGAAUGGCUUAUUUAUCAGGCACCUGCUGUUGAAAAAUCCGGGUUCGUUAGACGCAGGUUGGGGAAGAGGUGAGAGGGCUCUGCUGAAAGCCCGCGGGUGCGUUUUCACCUCCUGGGGCGGUGCUGUGGCCGACAGCAUCCGAGCUCAUGGCUCUGUGGCGCGAGCUGCGGGGUGAGCUCCUGCAAGCUGACGGGUGGCUUCCCUUGACGUCUGGGGGCAUCGUAACCUGAAGUCACGGAUAGUGUCAUUGAAGAGCCAUAGGGACCUAGCCUUAGGCAAGGCGUGUGGGAUGGGGGUUGACCAUCAGAAUAACGCCCUCAGUUUGUCCUACGGAGAGAAUGUUGGUGCGCUGUGCUCUGGUGUUGGGGUAGGAAAACCCGAAGCUUGAGCCAGGCAUAUCUGAGAGGGUAGUUGUCCAAAUGAGGAAUAUUUGAGUCUGGCCCAGCAUCUCCAGAGAAGAAGAGUUUGUGUUUAAGGGCAGUGCUGUGCUGCUUAUGGAAUGCGUUCAACAUGC